AAGCAGAAGCAGACCAAUGACCAAUCCAUGGAGGGGCGAGAGGAGAUGAGCUGUGGGUUGAUGUGGAGCUAGCAAACCCUGCCCGUGGGGAUUGCCAUCGAUUUCGUGGCCUCUUUCCCAUUCUUUAUCUUCUCCCCACGAGACGAGAGCAGAGUGUCAGUGUGUAUACACGGCGCAGGGAAGAGAGGGGGAGGAAGGAUGCCUCGCGGCGGCUUCUCCGGGUCGCUGAGCUCGCCCAAGGUCGACGUCCUCAUCGACAUGGGAAACCCUUUCAUCAACCGCACAGUCGACGGCUUCCUCAAGAUCGGCGCGGUCGGCGCUUGCAAGGUGGUCGCCGAGGAGACGUUUGAGUGCCUCAACAGAGGGAAUGUUUCGAAGCACAAGCUUGAGCAUGCACUGAAGAAAAUGUGCAAGGAGGGUGCAUAUUGGGGUACUGUUGCUGGAGUUUAUGUGGGCAUGGAGUAUGGACUGGAACGUAUCCGUGGUCGCAGUGACUGGAAGAAUGCGAUGAUUGGAGGUGCCUUAACUGGUGCUUUGAUCUCUGCCGCCAGCAACAACCACAGGGACAAGGUGAUCAAGGAUGCCAUCACCGGCGGCGCUGUUGCAACAACUGUUGAGUUCAUCAACUACCUUACCUAGUUAUGUAAAGCAUUUGCAGUGUCAUUAUCGGACAAUAAGAAUAAGGACUUUUUCCGUGAAGCCAUGUUCUGUUCAAAUAAGCUACCUUCUUCAAUCUAUGUUCCUUCUCAGCGCUUUUA